GAACCCAGGCAUUCGACUCACACCUCCGAGGACCCGCCUUCGUCAUGGAACCACCUCCACGCCUGGAAUUCUCCAACUCCAGCGGCGGCUGGCUGGACUGCUCGGCCUCAGGCAGUCCGCAGCCCUCCAUAGACUGGCUGAGCGUAGAUGGUACUUCAGUGGGUGACGUGUCCGGUAUCAGAAGGGUUCUGAGGAACGGUACGCUGUUCCUGAUGCCGUUCCCUGCCGCGUCGUACCGCCAGGAUAUCCAUAGUACGGUGUAUAGGUGCGUGGCGUCCAAUGCGGUGGGCAGGAUUAUUAGUAGGGACGUUCAAGUCAGAGCUGUGGUUACGCAGUCAUUUAAAGUGGACGUGGAAGUAAUAGCAGCGGCUAGAGGUUGCACGGCAGUUCUUCGUUGUGUGGUGCCUAAUUUCGUCAAGGACCUAGUACGAAUUAUAUCGUGGGUGCAAGAGCCUAGUUUUUUUAUUUACCCAUCACUACAAGGAGAUGGAAAAUUUCAUCAACUACCUUCAGGCGAAUUACUCAUCCACAACCUGGAGUUUAGCGACCAAUUUCCUACGUACAGAUGUCGCACUAUGCACCGUCUCAGUCGUCAGGUCGUAGUCAGCAGUGCUGCCAACGUGAGAAUCACCGAACAUAGAGGAAUUGUGACACCUGUCAUAGUAGAAAGUUCCGGAACUGUUACAGUGGCACAAGACGAAGGCGCAGCUUUAAUUUGUAUUGCUCAGGGAUGCCCAUCACCAGAAUACAGAUGGUACAAUCACGGUUCAAUGGAACCCAGUCUGAUUAUGCCUGGUCCUAGGACACGUCAGUUGGGCCCAGUGUUGGCGAUUGAAGCAGUGACUGCUGAAGAUGGUGGAACGUAUCGUUGCUCAGCAUCAAACGCCGGUGGUGAAGCUAGUUCCGACAUACGUCUCAUCGUUUCCACUCCUUUGCACGUAGAAAUUUCACCUCCCUUGCUCAGUGUGCAUAUGGGAGGAAGUGCAGAAUUCAGGUGUGUGGUAUCCACACAAUCUGGAGGGCCCCAUUUGAUCACGUGGUACAAGGAUGGGAGGCAGUUGCCCAGCACUGGGAGAGGACCCAGUGAAAGCCUUAUUGUCAACAAUGUGGGCAGGGAAGACAGAGGCAUGUACCAGUGUGUUGUAAGAAGAGCUGAGGGAGAUACAGCCCAAGCAUCUUCUGAGCUACAAUUAGGAGACGCACCUCCAGUACUGCUCUACAGUUUCAUCGAACAAACUCUACAACCUGGUCCAGCAGUUUCCCUGAAAUGUAGCGCUUCUGGAAACCCCACUCCACAAAUUUCCUGGUUGUUGGAUGGAUUUCCAUUGCCUAGUCAUGGUCGGUUCGUUAUUGGCCAGUACGUCACUGUGCAUGGUGACGUCAUCAGUCACGUGAACAUCAGCCACGUGAUGGUGGAGGAUGGAGGUGAAUACACGUGUACUGCCGAAAAUAGAGCUGGGAAAAGCUCGCACUCUGCUAGAUUAAACGUCUAUGGCAUGCCCUACAUUCGCCUGAUUCCAAAAGUAACAGCUGUAGCUGGGGAGCAGCUGAAGCUGAAGUGUCCUGUAGCUGGGUAUCCUAUCGAGGAAAUUCACUGGGAAAGAAGUGGGAGUGAACUACCCAACGGGCUAAGACAGAAGGUGUUGCCUGAUGGUACACUAAUAAUCGAGCCUGUCCAGAAAAAGGAGGAUUCUGGUGUGUACACUUGUUGGGCGAGGAAUAAACAAGGACAUAGUGCGAGAAGAAGUGGAGAAGUGAAUGUGAUAGUACCGCCAAAAAUUAGUCCGUUUUACGCUGCAACCGCCAUGCACGUCGGUGAUCGCGCUUCACUCACUUGCUCGGUCACCAAGGGUGAUCAACCUUUGACCAUCACCUGGACCAAAGACUCACGCGUCAUCACCCACGGCAGCUCUGUCUCCGUCACCCAAGUCGACCCGUUCACCAGCAUUUUGGUGAUCGAGAGUCUCUCACCCGAGCACAACGGCAACUAUUCUUGCGUAGUGAGAAACGCUGCAGCUGAGGUGUCACACACUCAACAACUAGCUGUCAAUGUACCACCCAGAUGGCUAGUAGAACCGGCAGAUGUGAGUGUUGAAAGAAAUAGACACGUAGCUCUUCACUGUCAGGCUCAGGGAGUACCAACACCGACAGUAAUAUGGAAAAAAGCUACUGGGUCUAAAUCUGGUGAUUAUGAGGAGGUGCGUGAUCAUAUGUACACGAAAUUGUUGGGAAAUGGUACUUUGCUACUUCAACACGUUAAAGAGGAUAGAGAAGGGUACUAUCUCUGCCAGGCGGAUAAUGGAAUAGGAACAGGGAUAGGAAAAGUUAUCCAGCUAAGAGUCAAUUCGUCGCCAUAUUUUUCGGCACCAUCUCGCAUGGUGACGGUGAAGAAGGGUGACGCGGCCAUCUUGCAUUGUGACGUGAACGGUGACAAGCCAAUUAGCGUCAUAUGGUUGAGAGGAGGCAAAAUAGAAUUAAAUCCUUCGACGAACUACAGGGUGAACGCUAAACAGGACGUCACUCCUGAUGGUGUAGCUGCAGAGCUACAAAUCCUAAACGCGGACGCCUCUGAUUCUGGUGCCUAUUUUUGUCAGGCCAGCAAUAUGUAUGGUAGAGAUCAGCAAUUGGUCCAAUUGCUGGUGCAAGAACCCCCUAUGCCUCCUCAGAACUUGGAGGUACCUUCAAAAAGUAGUACUUCUGUGAAUUUGAAAUGGGCUCACAAAGCUGGAGAUUCCAACGAAGUUUUUAAAUUUAUCGUUGAGUUUAAAGAAAUGGAACGAUCCUGGCAUCAAAUAGACUUGACAGAAACCCCUCUACCCUACUCCGCGAUCAUCGACGACCUAAAACCAUCGACUAAAUACACCUUCAGGAUAAUCGCUGAAGGUCCUGCAGGAAGGAGCGUACCCAGCGACGAAAUUCUUGUGAAAACCCUCAGCGAAAAACCGGCAGGACCGCCCCUGAACCCCAACGCCAGGCCUAUUUCGUCCACUGAAGUGCUGGUCACUUGGACACCGCCCUUGCCAGAAUUGAGGCAUGGUGAAAUACAGGGUUUUAACGUGGGUUACCGUUCUGCCUCUAUGGGAUCAUACAAUUUUACCUCAGUAACUGGUGACGGUGAAGACGGUGGUGAAAUCCUACUGGGUGGCCUCGCUAAAUUCACUAGAUAUCACAUAGUGAUACAGGCCUACAAUGAAGUGGGGGCGGGUCCUCUAAGUGACCCAGUCACAGCUCAAACUAUGGAGGACGUUCCUAGCAGACCUCCAAUGGAUGUACGAUGUGCACCUCUCACCUCACAAAGCCUCCAAGUGAGCUGGCAACCUCCUCCCACCGAAGACUGUAACGGACUACUCCAAGGCUACAAACUGACGUAUGAGCCAGUCCCUGAUGACAGGUGGCGAGGAAACGACGAAAUGGAGACUCGAAAAACGACAGCAUUGACAACUGUCAUCACCGGCCUAAGGAAAUUCACCAAUUACAGUUUGCAAGUGUUGGCUUUCACUAAAGUGGGUGAUGGAGUGUUGACAGUUCCGCAUUACUGUCAAACAGAGGAAGAUGUUCCAGGAUCUCCUGCUGAUAUUAAGGUGGUGGUGGCAACGCCGCAGUCUUUGAAAGUGUCCUGGCUGGCACCUUUAGAACCCAACGGGAUCGUAACCAAGUACAAUUUAUACAGGAGAGCUCCUGAUGGUCGACAGGAGGCUGAAAAUGGUAGGCAGAUCAUUUCCAGUCAUAAUACAGUGUUUGAAGUGAAAAACGUGCAACAGCAUUUGGAGUACCAAUUCUGGGUGACGGCAUCAACUAGAAUAGGGGAGGGUCAAAGUUCUAAAGUCGUGACGCAGGUGAUUACGUCAAGAAUACCAGCAAGAAUAAUAUCAUUUGGAGGCCUGGUAGUACGACCGUGGAGAACCACCGUUUCUUUUAGUUGCGAAUCUGUGGGUAGUCCUAGAAGAGAAUGGCUACGGAGUGACCAAAUUUUAAAGGGUGGAGCAAACCAUAAUCAGCAACUUCUCGAUACAGGAGAGCUGAUUCUAUCUAGCCUACAGAUUACAGACGCAGGAAAUUAUACUUGUCAAGUUGACAACGGGCAUGGAACUGAUAGGAUUACAUAUAAUUUGGUGGUUCAAGUACCACCAAGUGCUCCAUUGCUCUAUGUUACCUCGGCGACCAGUUCGAGUAUUUUACUCCAUUGGAAGCCGGGAAAUAAUGGAGGAGCUGCCAUCAGUGGGUUUCAUCUUAAUUAUAGGAAAGAACAUGGAGAUUUGGACGAAGUUCAUUUGUCUCGACAUGCCACCAGCUUUGAAUUGAAGGGUCUUUUGUGUGGUUCCACGUACCACCUCUAUUUGACAGCUCACAAUAAAAUAGGACCCAGUCCUCCCAGUCAUCCGUUACAGGCCAGGACUCAAGGUCAUCCUCCUGGAGUACCGCCGGCACUGUCUUUUAUCAGUCCAAAUUCAACCAGUGUAACGCUGCGUUUACAUGUAUGGCCAGAUAAUGGCUGUCCUAUUUUGUAUUUUGUGUUACAGUACAGGAAAGCGACUGAUAGCCAGUGGACUUUAGUCUCCAAUGCCCUCAAACCUCAAAGAAGGACAUCGAUCACCGGUCUGACCACAGCUACGAAAUACGUCGUGAAGCUGGAGGCGCACAACGUAGCUGGUUUCAGCACCGAAGAAUUCAGCUUCAUGACGCUGACGAAAGAUGGCGACGUACCGCCUCCCGACCUGAUAAGGCAGGGAAACGACGAUAAGCCUUUUUACUCCGAUUGGAAGGUACUGAUUCCUUUUAUCAUUGUCGUGGGACUGGCCAAGGUACUUCUUAUCGGGAUCGCUGUGUGUAUUAGAAGACGACGGAAAGAGAACGCAAGAGAGCAUCUGACAAUCAGCAGAACGCUGAGGCAACAACGAGAAAGAUAUUAUGCCACCAUUCACAAGGUGGCACUGCAAGCUGGUGAAAAAAUACCAGAAACCUCCGAAGACAUAUCACCCUACGCAACGUUUCAAUUAUCCGAACCGAGCACCCUUCCUCAGAACACCAUGCUGCACAGUUUUAUGUACCACGAACACCCUGUAACUGAAGGAUGUGCCUCCCCACCGCCUUCCAGCUCUGUACAACGAAACUCACCUUACUAUAAUAUCAAACAGACUAAAAAACGCACGGAAUCACCAUAUUACAACAUACAAAAAUUUCAAAGUACAAAGGGCCACGGCCGCAGAAGGGCCAACAGGAAGGACAUCGACAGUGACGAAAGCGAAUCUGACCAAGAGGCGCUCACUUCCAGUCGUACCGAGUCAUCAAAUCAACUGGACAUGAAACAUAAAGCACCAGCCUUCACCUACCAUGGCACGGCCCAGUCCAGCACGUCUUCCGACUUGUCGCCCAUGUCUGAGCAAAAGUCACUGCCAAGGCGCAACAGGAACAGUUUGUAUAGGUUCGGCGCCCAGGGUCGCUCAGGCUCCCAAAGGCACAUCCUGAGCCACCUGUCGGUGGCCGAAACGGUCUUCAGCGAAUCGGCCACCACCACACCCCCCGGCCAAGGCGGUGGCCAAAUCGAGCUGAGCGAGGCCGAGUGCGACAUCGACACGCUCAAGAAGCUCAAGCUGGGCCUGCGCAGCUCGCUGUGGGCCAGGCCGCAGGCCGGUGGCCAACAGGGAGGCGGCGGUGGCCAGCAGCCUCCGUCGGACUACUCCAUUGCGGUCUAAGAGGGGUGAGUGACGGGAAAAUAACGGGUGAAGGUGGAGGGGGUAGUGACAGAUAGGGUUUUUUGGGGUGAAAUUUCGGAAUAUUCGUGUUAAAUUAAGAGACUUUACUGCCAAAAUUAUAUAAUAUAUAUAUUAGAGGUUAAAAGAAGAGACUUCUUGGAGAUUGGCACUGAACCUUUGGAUUUUUUUUAAUAUUUUAAUCAUUGAAUAAAAAGACAAAGAUUGGAUGCACAGAAAAGAGCAAAAUUGUUUUAUUCAAAAUCGUUUUUUAUAAAAACAUUACACAUUUUUUAUCAUUUCUUAGUCUUUUUAUUCAAUGGUUUUGAUUGUUCCCUUUGUUUCUUCUAUUCAUUUUUUUUAUAAUACGGUGUAUUUAGUAAUUCCUGUUUUUUUAGCAGUAAAGUAGUACUGGUAUAAAGAUAUUCUCUAUUCUUUGCUACUUCUAUGAAUCAAUUUUCACAAUCUUUCUAUACUUUUUAUAAUAACAUACGUGUAUCUAAAUCUUACUGUUUUUUUGUCAGUAAUAUUACUAGUGUAGAGAUAUUUUUUAUUCUUUGUUUCCAAUAACAAAGAACCAACUUACUUUUUGUUCUGGUCUCCAUCGCAUAUUAUUAUGCUGGAAGUACCUACACACUCGCCGAGGAGGGACAAAAAAGGACGAUCCUAACCAACAAUAAUGUACAUAUCGUUAAUUUUUUGUCGCGCCUCGGGUCGCCUCGGCAAGUGUGUACUUCCCAAGGUUAUUAAAUUAAACAGGUUGCCUCGUAACUUGACAUUAGCCGCCAUAUUGCGCAUCAUCGUCUGGUACUCAGCAGUUUUCAGCUUGUUUGUUUACAAAUAAUUUUACAUUGUUUUACGAAGGUUUUCCGUGUAUUAAGUGCAUUUGAGUGGAUUAUAGGACAGUUUUAGUGGAUAUAUUAUAUUUUUUAAAGUUUUAGUGUAAUUAUAUAACGUAUUAUAAUUGAUGAACUAGAUAGUUUUUUUAAAUUUUCCUUAGAAAUGGAGAUCAUUCCAUUCCAACCUGUAACAGCCUAUAAUGUUCAGUAUUGUUUUUGCUGAGUGUAUGUAUAAUAAAUUAUUUCGACUGGUUCGCGAUAUUUUAACGUGGUAAAAAGCUAAAAUUAUUUUUUUUUCGAAUACAAAUAUUGCUUGAAAAUGUUAAAUGUCGGCAAAAUUAGAUAAAAAUAAAUAAAGACUUUAUAGAAAAACAAUCUAACUUGUGGAAUUGUUAUUAAUAUUAAACAUUUUGUUAAUAGUUAUUUUAAAUAUCACGCUAGCUGACGUCAUCGCGCCAACUACUGUGAUUGGUCCAAAGUUUCGAGGCAACCUGUUUAAUAUAAUUACCUUGUGUACUUCCAGCAUUAUAAUGUCUUAAACAGUCAGUUUUUAGAGGACGUCUAAGAGAUCGACCUCUCCAAAAUUAUUAUCGAUUGUCAUUUUCCAGCUAUCUUUGACACAGUUUUUUUUAUCAUACGGUAUUACUAGUGUGAUAUUUCUUUAUUUAUAUACUGUGUGACAUAGAAAUCGCAACACCCAGUAAAUGCUAAUAUAUUUUAUUUUCAUUAAUAUUUUAGGAAGUUGGUAGCUGGGAUAAAUAUGAAAAAAUAAUCGUAGACAUUUAUUUCAAACAAAUGUAUUUAAAAGAAUUUUGGAUUUUGCAAUUUCUAUUUCACACAGUAUACAGAGUGUCCCAGAAAUAAGUGCAAGUAUUUUAAGGAGUGGUAGAUCUCGAUAAAAGAAACAUAUUUUCUCUUUAUCGUUUUUCAAAUAAGUCCAAAAUAUAACGAA